AUUUAGAGGUGUGAUUCAACUUCAGUCCACAAAUAAAUGUAAAUAAAUAAAAGCUGGUAAAGUGAAAAUGGCUUUGACUAAUAUUUUAUUAGUUAGCCAAAUCGCUGGAUAUGUUAUUGCGUUCAUUUUAUCGUUAUGCAUUGUCGUCCCCAUGAGUUGGCAUCAAGAUGACUUCAAGGGGCAUUGUUUACUUUUUUCAACUGGAGAAUGGCAAGAAACCGAUGGGCAAUUGUUAGUACACUGGGCUUCUCAAUGUUACUGUAACUACACUAUCUUUGUUGGCAUAGCUCUCUUAUUGGUAUCGGCCAUUCAAAUUUAUAGAUUAUCUAUCUUUCUAUACAGAGGAUCAGAUAGUUCUUUUCUAUCAGCAUUUAUCGAUGUCUUGAGCGGCAUUAUUCUUGGUGGUAUGACAAUUAUAGCUGCUCUCAUGAUAACCUUAGGAUUCAUGGCAUGGUGUCAAAAUAUGACUCAACGUUUUCCUUCUUGCGAAUUGGCCGCUGGACAGGACAUUGACAAAGCAGAUCACAUCAACACAGCGAAUUUUUACAUCCAAUUAGGUACAGCACAGUUCGGUGUUUGGGGAUCUUUUGCUACUUGGGUAGGUCUAACGGUAUGCGCAGUGCUGAAAUUGUGCAGGUACCAUCAAUUAGAAAAUAUACGAGUUUCAAUGUACAGAGAAAGACAACGACUUAUAAACGAAAACGCAGAUUCUCCCGGUAGUAGUCUUGGAAGAGAAUCAACCAAUACCCAAUCGACUGCUACGAUUGAGUGAUUAAUCAAAGAAACUUUAAGAUUUCCGUAUUUAGUAAUUUACGCUAUAAUCCAUAUUUCUUUAUUUAUACAUAGAACUUUAUUUCACUUUAUAGCAGAAAGUUAAAGUUUUAUAUUAAUCGUUAAGUUGUGAUAUACUCGUACUUUAUGUUGUUAUUUUAGUCUUAUUGCGUUUG